CUACUUUCGUUAACUCGUCCGCCAGAGCUCUUCGAGUUUUGGAGGAAUUCAGUGAAGGAAAAGAUGACGGGACGGCAACCGGCCUGUGUCAUUGACAAUGGAACGGGGUAGGUGUAGAAAGACGCAUUUAAAUCUGUAAUCAUCUCAUGAAGCCGAACUAUUUCCUGCUGUAAAACUCCCAUUGUCGUUUUUUUUUCGUUAUGAGGUGUGUUUUGUUCUUUCAAUUUUACUUCGGGUUACCCUAUCUCGUUUCGAUCGCUUAGUGUAAACUACAUCAACUUUGUGAAAUCUCUGUGCAUCACUGUUUCUACUGAUAAAUUUCUUUCCUGGUUAAAUUGAUAUAUGGUUGAGACUUUGACAGUAAUCGUGUAGUUGUAGCUCUGUAACUUUAGUUUCUUUAUUUUCUAGUAGAAUCCAUCGCAAAAAGAUAGUAACUCUUCUUCUUGCUUUUCAUUAAGCAUUGUCAACCAGGGAAUAAGAGAGUUAAAGUAGUCGGCAAACACAUGCACAAAUAACCAAACACGAACCGGGCUUAGCUAAGAGACGAAAGAAGUUUUAAAGCUAACAAAGAUGUGCGAUAAACGAAUAACUGAAUGGAUAAAUGAUAAAGCCUAAGAGCAGAAAAUGAACAUUACCUUUGAAAUUGUUUCUAGUCUGGUGGCUAGUAGGCAGCUAGCCCUAUUUGGUAUGACACUCCUCCUUUUUAAUGCAUAUAUAGUGUUCUUGUCUAAACUUUCAUUCCUUUCUGGAAGAUACUGAACCAGAUUUUCUAUAAACCAUACUAUAAAUAGUGUGAGAGAUACAUACAUGUGGCAUAGAUAAAGAUAUUGUAAAUCAUAGCAUUCUUUUGAGUCAGUCUUUUGAGGCAGUCUUUUUGAGGCUGGUGUGCUUAGGAAGCCAAGAUGACUUAAUUCAUUCUGUGUAGACCAGUCGGGUGGAACCUUUAUAGAAGUUAUUAAGGUUGUCACUAUAAAAUAAAAUAGAUGAGAGAACAGAGAAGGCGGAUGAAUUGAAGUAUACUUGCAUGGCAAGUGUAGGCUGUUGCAAAGCAACAAAAUCUUUGAAGGGGGCCCGAAUUGAAUUUUUGAAGCUCUGUGAGACAUGAUUUCUAGCACUCUGGGAUAUAUUAGAGAGACUUUUUUCAGCUAGACAUUGAUGGUGGAGUCAGUUCAAAAAUAAUUAUUUUUUCUCGUUAAUCCCAAUUCACAUAGUAGCCAUUGCAAAAUUAUCUGACAGCAGGUGGGUUCCUGUCCCCUAUCAGCUUCUGAUGACAACCCUUAGUUGCCAUGGGCUGAGUUAAUUCAUGGGUUUAAGGCCAUUUGGGUAUGGAUACAGGGGUAAGUUUCUAAAGAAACUAUGGUGCUGGGUCAGUGGGAGAGUGUAACAGGGUAAUUUACUAUUAUCAACUGAGUUGAUAACAUAAAUUGGCCACCAUAAAGAGUUUCUAAGCUGACAUUUCAAGUGUUAGCCCUUUGUCAGACAAAGGGCUGAUGCUUGAAACUUUACCAUUAAACUCUCUACAGUGGCCAAUUUUACAUUAUCAACACAGUUGAAAAUACCAAAUUACUUUUGGGUAUUGGCUGUAAAUGGCAUGGAAAACUUAAAUUGUAGUAAGUAGCCUUCAAGAGCCUUGCAGUCAGAAAGACAAAUGAAAAAGUAGGAAGGCAGAGAUCAGGGAGGAUUUUCUCUGUUAUUCCUUCUCUUUGUCUGCACUUUUCAUGAUAACCUGACUGGCUGGAAGAAGCUUUUUGUAAGGUACAACAGGAGCAACCAAACAAUUUCAGGUUACCUUCCUCUUUACAUUUUCAGGUAUACAAAAAUGGGUUUUGCUGGAAACACAGAGCCACAAUAUAUUUUGCCAACAGGUAACUGUCAGAAGAGACUUCUUUGUAUCUUAAAACUUAUAAAUCAGUGCAUGAUAUAGUGUUUCUUUAAGUUAUGAUUGAUAAUUAUUCAAUGAAGGCAAAAUGGACAUUGUUGAAUAAUCUACAAGAUGAAGUAAGGGGAUUAUUCCACAAUAUGCACUGGAUGAAUAACUGUUUUAGUAUAAUUACUUAUAAACUUUUGAAUUAACAAUGGUUGUAAAUUCUUUAAUUGAAGAGAGCAUUGUGCCUUUUUUGGUCGCAAUUAUGCAGAUUAAUUGUAUCAAGAUUAGCUACCAGUUUUAAUAGGUGCAGGAACUUCAUUUGCCAAAACCUUCAUAUGUUUUUUGUAAAAUAUGCUCUGCCAAACUCAUUAGCAAUUACUCUUUGCAAUUUAAUUUACUUCUAUUGUGAGUAUCACUUGCAUGGAAUUAUUGACAAAAUGCAAGGCAGCCAUUUUGAAAUCUAGCACUCCUGCCAGAAUUGCCUUGUGCAAGGUUAUUAUAGCAAGAUAUAAUGUAGUCCUUGACCAAUCAUAGUAUGCAUAUCUCUAUUAACACCAGAAAAUUUAUACUAAUCAUAAAUACAUGUAUGUAGAGAAAAAUGUCAGCUUUUACCCUUUGACUCCUGAGAUCUUAUGAGUAAUUCUCCUUCCAGCUCCUUUUCAUUUCCUUGUGAGGUAGGCAGGAGAAUUUGGUGUUGCAUCAAGAUUGCAUCCUCAGCUGAUGCAAUUUUUUUUCUCAUAACCUGUUUGUAAGAUAACACUUUGGAAUCACAAGGAGAAGUUACAUGUGAAUCAGCUGAGGGAUUCUAAGGUUCUCUUGCUUAAAGCCUGAAACUAAAAUUACAACUCAUGGUCUUGCAAAUUAAUAUUUAAAAUUGAUUUAAGUAUUGUGUUGCCUUUAUUUCCUCAGCUAUUGCCAUAAAGGAAUCUGCUAAAGUUGGAGACCAGGCUCAGCGGAGAGCUGCCAAGGGUAUUACCGAUUUAGGUAAAUAAUGAUUUGAUAUUAAUCACUAUUUAGGGCAUUGUACAUUAUAGCAACACCUUGACUUUUUCAGAAACAAUAGCAGUGAUAAAUUUAAAGGAGGCAAAGAGCUAGAAGUUUUUAUGAAAUAUAACUAUUUAGGUUAGGUUAGGUUAACACACAUGCAGUAGCACUAAAUUUGAAAUGAGAAUUUUGAAUCUCUUCCUUUUGCUCCCAGAUUUUUAUAUUGGUGAUGAAGCAGUAGAGGCUCCAGGUUAUGCAACAAAGGUUAGUAUAAACCAUUAAAUCUAUCACACAAUUUUGGAUGUGCACCUUUCCACAAGCUAGUGUGAGUGUUUCGGUCCAUUCAUCAAUUUUAGUACAUACACAACUUCUGUAUCAUUACGAAACUUGAUGUUUUUCUUUCUCUUUUCUUCACUGAGCUCAAAACUACCCUAUUUAUUUACUGAGCUCAAAACUUACCACUUCUAUUCACGAAACAUGACACUACUGAUAUAGCUGAUCCUAGUAGUAUGCAGGACAUGUGUCAUAUAUAAAUUUUGUAAUGGGCCUUGCUCACCAUAGAGUCUCUGUGGCUCAGUGGUAGAGCAUUGGAGGUCUGAGAUGAAAAAAUGUCUUUCUCUAUUUCAGUAGUGAGCUCAGAGCUUAUCAUCUUUCAUAUUUUAUUUACAUGUUGAUAAGUGUAGGUAUUACAUAACUUUCCAAGUAAAAUGUUCUGGAAGAUGUAAUUUUACCCUUUACGUUGUAAUAUGGGUAUGCAAAUUCUCUUUACAUUUCCAAUGGUACAGAACAAGGAUAAUUUUUCGAACAAUCAAGAACUUCUUGAGUUUGCUAUCAUUUCCUCUGUUCCUAUGACCGUAUUGUGUGAUUCAGGGGCAACAUUUUAAGGAAAAAUCAAAUGCCAGUCAGGGUUAAGAGGUCAAAGAGGUAAAGGCCAUGUGCACAGAUUUGGUAAAUUUCCAAAUGGCUUAAGUGAUAUUCUCGAGAGCUUUGAGGAAUUCUUGUGCUAAACAAAUCUUUUCAGCAAAGGAAUAGAAUCAGAACAUAUAUGCUCAGCUGUACAGUCACACAUUUUAAUUCUAUACGCAUUCACUUGGAGGACCAAUGGAUUGAAAUUAACCUCAUGUUUAUUUUUGGUCUUCAGUGGCCUAUUAGGCAUGCUAUUGUUGAAGACUGGGACUUAAUGGUAUGUAACUACAGUAUUUUUGGCUUGUAAUGUAGUUUGUGUCCAAUCAUUCUAUUUUUACAUGCUUUUGACAAAUAACGGUGCUAAAACAUAGUAUUUGUAUCAUGCUGACUUGUAAAGCUUUACAGAACUUAUCCUAUUUUCUGAAGAAUUGCCCACCAAAAAUUGAGUUGGUGAAUGCUGCUUUUUCGUCUGGUGAAUUUUGCUGGCAGCUGGAGCCUACUGAAACAACCCUGAAUGGUGCAAGGCACUGUAGGAAUGAACUGUCUUGCCCAAAACCACAAGAGGAGCUUCUGAUUUACUCUCAUUUGGUGAUGGAAUGUCUUACAUUACAUUUUCUGUUCAAUCUCUGGUAUUUAGGAAAGAUUCUGGGAGCAUUGUAUAUUCAAAUAUCUGCGAGCUGAACCAGAAGACCAUUAUUUCCUUCUUGUAAGUAUUUUGCUUCUGAUGAAUGUCAUGCUAAAUGUUGUUGAUGAUGAUGAUGAUGAUGAUGAUGUCGAUGAUGAUAUUAAUAGCAAGAACAGCAAAAGUGAGUAGACAGUGAUUCCUUUCAUUGAGAGAGUUGUGGUCAUUUUUGUUUCAGACUGAACCGCCAUUAAACACACCUGAAAACAGAGAGUACACUGCAGGUGAGAUUCUAAUGCCAUUAAAAUUUGAAACCAUUUUUUAGUUUUGUUGUGAAAAGACCUCAGUUUUGCUGUCAUUAAUAUCUCCUUUCUGCCUGCUACACAUUUUGUAUGAUAUCAUUGUAUGAUAUACAUUUUGUAUGAUAUCAUCAUUUCAGUUUUGUAAAACAGUCAAUGCUUCUUUAGUCAAUUUUUUUGUUACUCUUGUCAUCUUUCUGCUUAUUGGUGUAUUACUACUAUAUUGAGAAAAUACUUGUUAAUCUUUCCUGGGAAAGUGUCCUGGGAAACAAAGAAAUGUUAAUUUCUUGUUAGGAAGUUCAAAGGGAAUUUCAAGAAGGUUUGUUCCUGAUGAAGAAUUGUUGAUUGUUUUUUUUCUUUCUUUCAGAAAUUAUGUUUGAGUCAUUUAACAUUCCAGGCUUGUACAUUGCUGUGCAGGUGAGGAUCUGUUACUCCAUCAUCUUGAAAAAGUCAGGCUUUAAUGUUGUUCCCACUCCUACCUCUCAGACUCUAAGAUUAUUGAUCAUUUCACCUGUGCCUUCUCCAAUGUCAUCUAUUGCAUAACUUAAACUCAUUACAAAAAUUUAUACAAGAAGACAACUAAGCAUCCUAUUCUGAGAACACCCUCAUGAGAUAGUAAGGAAUGAUAAAGAUGCAUCCAAACUAGUCACUAGACAUUUAAAUCUCCUUGAUCAUUCUAAGCAUUGUAUGGCAGUCUGCAGCCUUUCCCUCCAUCUAGGCAGUUUGGAAAGCAACAAAACUUGUGAACAAAAAUUUGUCUUGCAAAUUGGCACUCUUAAUCCCCAUGGCAUUAACAAACAGCUAAUAAAAUGUUAGUCACAUUUGUGAUUAAAACAAACGCAUAAUUUCCUUUCUGUUUUGAUUCUGUAUUUUGUUGUUGUUUGACAGGCUGUGUUGGCUCUUGCUGCAUCAUGGACUUCUCGUCAAGUUGGAGAAAGGACACUUACUGGUACAGUGAUUGAUUCAGGAGAUGGUGUGACUCAUGUUAUUCCAGUGGUAAGAGGACUUGUGGUGUAUGUGUUAGUCCUCACAAAUUUAUGGGGAAUUUGUUGUAGUUUAAAACAAUUUCAUGCCAGAAUGAACUCACAUUAGUUUGGAAUCAUUUUGAUGUGAAGUCAUUUUUUAACUACACCAAAUACAAACACAAUGUAUUAAUUAUUUGAAUACUAUAAUUAUGAUAAUGUUACCAGUACUUAUCUUCCAGCAAGAUUUCUUUGGGACCACACAUGUAGAUAAAAAAUCACUGGGUAAAAAAUCAUUACCUCAGUAAUUAAGAUGCUUGACCUUAUCCCUAAAAUUAAAGGGUUAAAGUUGAAAUUCUUUAACAGCUUUUGGAAAUUACCUAAGUGUGUUAAAUCCAGAUCAAGUUUCCAGAAUUUUACUUAUUAUGCUGUACACCAAUUCAGUUAGUACUUUGUCCAACCCUUUGGUUGCAUUGUGUGAACCUUUUCACUCCCAAUAUUUCAAUAAUAAAUCUCCUUAGUGCUGGCUAUGCAAUUCUUAUGAUGUCAGUUCAGAGAAUUUAGUAUUGGAUCAACUAAUAAUCCCUUGAUUGAUAUUUUUCUCGAUUCUCAUCAUUUGUCUGCUUGAUAUUGUAUUUGUAUUGUAAGGAGAAAUUCUGUCUUGCUCACUCAUGCAAGUUAAGUGGUUGACUUUGCAACGUUUAUGUUGGUGUAUACUAAGAAUUUCUGAGAAGAGUUCUUGUAAUUCUGAAGUCUUCUGUGUUUUGUUUUCUUUUAUUUUUCUGUGUCCAGGCUGAGGGUUAUGUCAUUGGCAGCUGCAUAAAACACAUCCCCAUUGCUGGCCGCGAUAUUACCUUCUUUGUUCAGCAACUUCUUCGUGAACGUGAAGCAGGAAUACCACCAGAGCAGUCUAUGGAAACUGCUAAAACCAUCAAGGUAAUCAACUUUUUAUUUCUGCAGUUGUUUGAGAAUACAGCACAUUGACCCUACAUGUAUUUUGAGGAAUUUUAUAUGACGGUUAUUUAGUAAGGAGACUCUUGUGCUGAGACUGAGAUUUGAACUCUAACAUCAGCAUGCACAUUCUCCAUACUGUUCUCCAUACAUUUCUAUAAAUGCUGACAAGGAGAAUUUGUCCAUCAAUCAAGAGUUUCUUUUGUUGGUGAUCAUUUUCUCUAUUCUUGUGAUCUUAACGUGUGAUUUGGGGGUGAUAUUGUGAGGAGAAAUUAGAUGUUGGUCACUGUUAAGGGUCAAAGAGUUAAAAAAAAAAUGUUAAAAAAAGCAAAGGGCAUAGAGAGUGAUAUUGGGUUAUUAAAAAGAAUUUUUUGUUACAUGCCAAACUGAAAAAAAUUCAAUUUUUUAAAAUCACCAUUUGACACAAUGCUUACUCCUGUUUUUUUUAUUUUUCAUUUUCAAGGAACGCUGGGGUUAUAUCUGCCCAGACAUUGCAAAAGAAUUUGCAAAGUAUGAAGCAGAGCCAGCUAAGUGGAUCAAGAAGUACGAGGGUGUGAAUGCUAUAACCAAGAAGGUAGCAAACUUUAUAUUUUAAUACGUCGCUUUUAUUGGCAACUUACUGAGGAUUUAACCUCAGUCUUGUUUGUAAUGACACUUGUCUGAAUGUGUUGGUAUAAAUGCAGCUGUUCCCUAACCCUCUACACCCUCACCGCAGAAUGCAAAGAAAUCUUAUGUCCCAAUAUGUUGCAUUUUAACUGUUGUGACAUUGUUCUAAUGUUGAACUGUUUUUCGUGAUAUCUGCACAGCCUUUUGCGGUAGAUGUCGGUUAUGAACGAUUUUUGGGCCCGGAAAUUUUCUUCCACCCGGAGGUAAGGCUGGAGUUUACAGAAUUCUUUUUAUUGGAUUUUUUGUUUAAAAAACUACCGGAAAAAAUCCAUUAGAGGACAUUUUGAAAAUAUUUCGUGUUAAAUCUGUUGUUAAAAUUUUGACAUCAAAGCUUCAAAUUUGAAACAGAUUAGAAAAGAGUUUUAGACAUUAGUUUUUAGCAGUACAACAUGUUCUUGCAUAGCAAAUGCUAAAAAAUAAAUUCGCUUUCCUUGAUUAUCGCCAUCGUUUUAGGAACUAAUUUGCUGUUUUGCUUUAGUUCUCUAACCCAGAUUUCACCACCCCUCUGUCUGAGGUUGUGGACAACGUGAUUCAGAACUGUCCAAUUGAUGUUCGUAGGCCUCUCUACAAGGUGAGUGGUGAUACAGUUGCGAAGGAGACGACGUAGAUGCUUUGUAGCUUGUUCUUAUUGUUUAACUUUCCACUCCCGUCACCAUUUUACUAGAAAAUAUAUCAAUGCCGUUAGAGGAGAUUCCUGUUGUGUUACACGUGCGGUUAAAAGGGUAAAUGCGAAUGCACUCUCUGUUGGUUCAAAUACGCCUCGAUCAAAUUUUAACCGGAAUUCUACCUUACUGACUUGAGUCAAUUGAAAAUAACUUGUACCUUGUUUGCCUCUGCGGAAAGAAUGGAACAUGUGUAAUCUAGCGUCAAUAACGCAAGCUUAGCUUUGAGACGUGCGUUUCCAGUUCCUUAAGAGAGCGUGAAUUUCUGAUCUGCGUUUGUUACCAUCAGUUAAAACAGCCUCAUAGCUGCGAAAGUAAUUGCAUUUAACCAGGCUAGUUUCGAAAUUUUUUGAGUUUUUAGUGCCACAUUUGCAAGCAGCCCAAGUGUCAUGAGGCUAACGAAAUCGCUUUGUUAGAAUUGAGAUGAAGGAAAUCACUUUGAAUGAUGAUGCUUGCUUGGAGAAUUUUCAGGUGUAGACUCGCCUAGAGAAGUCAAACCUAAAAACUUCAGGUUGAUGUUCACCACUUUGUCUGUUACUUCUCUCCACGCAUGGUGACCUCUUCCACACUUCUGAGUAGUUUCUUUUAUUUACGAGUAGCGGUUGUACAAAGUUAAAGUUAGUUAUGCCCUUAGCUGCUCCUCGAGAAUAGACCAUCGAUUAUUUUCUUUCUCCACUUCGUCCCUUCUGGGGCUAGCCUUUCGAGAGUGGCCGAGGUGUGGCUCUAACUUUCAAUCUCAGCCUUAACAUCUCGCCACCUGGUUAUUUUUGGGAGUCCUGUUUUCCGUUUACCCUGGGAACACCCUUUUCAAGGCUUACUUGGUAACACCACCAAGAUGUUUCUUCAAAGCGUGGCCAAUCCAUCUCUGCUUUCUCCGACUUAUUGGAAUUUGAAUAGGUACCUGACCAGAUCUUUCCAUAGAUGAACGUUUGUUGCUCUCUCUGUUACAUGUUAUAUACUAAGUUAGUCAACAAAUCGACCGUAGUUUGGCGUGGUUUGCACUCUUAUCGACAACGAUAUUCGUCAUCACAGUGGUCAAAUGAAGCGAUUUUCUCAGUGCGUUGCCAUUGCGUAACAAGUUGAAGCGAGCGGCAAUGUUUGUACGAUAACAGCAAAUUGGCCAAUCAGAAAUUACUGCCAAUUGUGGUAAAAUCUAAUAUUGUUGGGUUUUGCUGUCAGUUUUGGUCAAAGUUACACGCGCGAAUCAUGCGCUUCCCAUCUCGCUAUCGAAAGAUGCCUCCACUUCUCAAAGAGUUUCCGCGGUUUUUCAAGUUCUAUUCUUCAUAAUAACACUAUUAUUGUGGUCUUCAUUGCCUCUGCUAACUUACCUUAUGUUUUUUUCCUUCUUUGUUACUUUUUUCCGUUUUCCAAAGAACAUUGUGUUAUCUGGUGGUUCAACCAUGUUCCGUGACUUUGGCCGCCGCCUUCAACGUGACAUCAAGCGUGCAGUAGACGCUCGACUAAAACUUAGUGAGCAACUAAGUGGAGGACGCAUCAAGGUAGUUACAUGUGGUACUUGUUUUUGUUUUUUCGUUUUUUCUCUUUCAAGCUAAACAUGCGUGUCUUUCAGUGAUUUUAUUUCGUUCCAUUCCCCCUUGCGUCAUGUCGCUAUGAGCGCUCUUAAAUGCCUAUAUGAAUUUUUUUCCAGCCGAAACCAAUUGACACUCAAGUUAUAACCCAUCACAUGCAACGCUAUGCUGUGUGGUUUGGAGGAAGUAUGCUGGCUUCCACGGUACGUGAAUCAUGCUUCAAAGCUUAGAAUUGAGUCUAAACAAUUUGAUGUAGAACAACUUGGCUAAAAUAUGCAUACUUCACCACCUGAAAGAACUGCUCUGCAGCCUUCAUUUGAAUGUCACAACUAGAGUUUUUAUCCUCAGCUCUUAAGGGCUACUUCACAACCCGCGCAUGCGUACAAAGAAACGAGAAAAUGGUUACGCAUUUGCCGUCGAAUUUCUUACAGUCCAGAUUAUGAGUCGAUCAGUAAAAAGCUUCAAAAUAUAGGGCAACCCUCCGGGCGUUUGAACUUUUGAAGAUUUGUUUGUUCAAAUUCUUUCUCUCCUCUCCUUCCCUCUCUCUCCUCCUCCCCCCCCCGCUCGGCAAAAAUUAUUUUCAAAUGCCCCGCCCAAUUUUUAUUGAAAAGGAAAUCAGGAAUCAGCCACCGUGACUUUCUACAUAUUGACCAAGCUUUAAAACCUAGACCUUGUAGACCUUGUAGACCUUGUUGAACCUUCUGAGCCAUUCGCUCGCAAAAGGGAAGCAUUUGUCUUAAACGCCUCUAUAUUUAAAGAUGUAAUAGUUGCAUUCCGCUGGAAGGACUUUACACUUCCUGUUCAAAUUCCUCACCCCAGCCAGGCAAAGUUCAAAUAUCUCCACCCCACGGGCACGGAUGACGAUCAAGUGUCCGUGGGAUGUCGGGGGGGUGAAGUUGAAGCUUUAAAUUGAUAUGCGCAUAACGCACGAGGAUUUCAUCAACAGAUUUAAAGAGUGUCACGGAAAUUCAGACCCCAGACCCCAGUCCCUCGCAAAGCUCAGACCCCUUCGUGUCUCUAAAACUCAAACUCAGUAGUAAACAUCUUCUACGUUUUUUAUGUUUUUACUUUACUCUUCGUUACAGCCGGAAUUCUACACAGUAUGCCACACCAAGGCGGAUUACGAUGAGCACGGACCUAGCAUUUGUCGUCACAAUCCCGUGUUUGGCGCCAUGUCUUGA